AUGGCUGGUCAUACCGAGCUCGAUAGGGACUCCAAUGGUUCUGAGUCUCCUUCUGGAGACAAAGAAGCUACUCAGCACAUUGAGCGUGUUCAAACGAGAGACUCUGAGCACGGCCAUGCUGGCUACCUUGACAAAGAUGGCCUCCGUAUUGAUAACGAUGAUCAGGGUAUGUGUCCUUCGUCUUGA